GUCAUCACUUUCCCACGCGAUUCCACAGCUACUGUAUCGCUUUUGUGCCCGCUAACUAUCAUAACUCCCUGCAUAACUCCCUCCCAAAACCAACACAAAGCCGCACCAGCAACAUACACCACAACUCACUGUACCCCAGCAACGGCUACAAGAAGGAACGAGCAACCAGCGGCUGUCAUCGCACAGUCCCAAACUUGAGCCAACGAAAACUGUCACAGGAGACGACGGACCUCUCCUUCGAUUGAAUAGUUGAAAUGGAUCAGCAUCAAUUCGCUGCCCUUGCCCCGCCACCUCCAGGCCGCCAGCCGUCCAAUGACGGCAGUGUAGACUCGCUGGCAGGGCAAUUCCUUUUCCACCGGUCUACAGACGGGUUAUCAAAGGCAACACUAGAUAGAGCAACAGCAGCAAAGUACAAGCUGGAACACUUCUAUAAGAGCGUCGUGACGGAGUGUGGGGAUAGGGAGGCCAGACGUCUGGACGCAGAGGAACGCAUCGGAAAAGAGCCUUGGAGCGAUGACCGAAAGAACCGUCAGUUGGCAGCAUAUGGGCAACGGGAGUCGGAGUUCCUCCGGCUGAGGCGCGUGCGACUGGGAGUGGACGAUUUUCAAACCGUCAAAGUGAUUGGGAAGGGCGCAUUUGGAGAGGUGCGACUGGUGCAAAAGGUGGACACCGGGAAGAUCUUCGCGAUGAAGACCUUAAGAAAGACGGAAAUGGUCAAGAAAGAUCAGCUCGCCCACGUCAAAGCUGAGCGUGACGUCCUAGCCGAAUCAGUAAACACACCCUGGGUCGUCCAGCUGUACUACUCAUUCCAGGAUGCACUAUACCUCUACUUGAUCAUGGAGUUCCUGCCAGGCGGAGAUCUGAUGACUAUGUUGAUCAAGUACGACACGUUCUCGGAGGAUGUGACGCGGUUCUAUGUGGCGGAGUGCGUCUGCGCUAUCGAAGCUGUGCACAACUUAGGAUAUGUUCACAGAGAUAUCAAACCGGACAACUUACUGAUCGAUAAAGACGGCCACGUUAAACUAUCCGACUUCGGACUUUCCACUGGCUUCCACAAAACGCACGACUCCACAUACUACCAGAGACUCCUCGACAACUCAAAUCCAGCGAGCAAAGUGGACCAAAUAGGAACGCAGAAGAACAUCGACUUGACGUUUUCGCGGAAGGAUCGGAUCGAGACGUGGAAGCGGAAUAGGAGGGCGUUGGCGUAUAGUACCGUGGGAACUCCGGAUUACAUUGCUCCGGAAGUAUUCCUACAACGAGGCUACGGGAAAGAAUGUGAUUGGUGGUCUCUCGGCGCCAUCAUGUUCGAAUGCCUGUUUGGAUACCCACCAUUCUGCUCUGAAAAUGCGCACGACACAUACAGGAAGAUCAUCAACUGGCGGGAAUAUCUGUACCUGCCAGAUGAUGUGCAUUUAUCGAGAGAGGCGGAAGAUUUAGUGCGGCAUCUCCUCUGCGGCGCCGAGCACCGCCUAACCUCCGCCCAAAUCCAAACCCACCCCUUCUUCCGUGGUGUCAACUGGGCCGAAAUCCGCCGCACCCGCGCCCCCUUCGUACCUCAGCUCAAAUCCAUCACCGACACAUCUUACUUCCCCACGGAAGACCUCGCCGGCGUGCCCCAACAAGUAAACGGCGGGCCGGGUGGGAUACCAGCCAUGGACGGGAUGGGCACCACGGGGACGAUGGAGUAUCUCGCGAACCCGGGCAAGGAUCUGGCGUUUGUGGGGUAUACGUUUAAGAGGUGGGAUACUAUACGGCACGACCUAUAGCGACAGACAUUGGACAUGCCAUGCACAUACAUACACACAUCCCCUUUUCCACAUGUACAUUUUUUUUUCGAGGAGGGUGGUCGUUACCCUGCAUAUACAAUAGGACCACACCUGGAAACGUAUGAGUUAGAGCUGCCGGCUCCCACACCCGCACAUCGCGUCAGAGUAACUUUGGUUGGAUUCGCAAAAUUCUCUAUAUAUUCAGAGGCUCCC